AUGGAAGCAUAUUUCUUGGCUUCAGACUGGAUCGAAGAAGGCUUUUUCCAACAAGUUGUUAUUUGGAGUUGGAGAAAUUUAUGGGACAAGGUGCCCCAACCCAACCUUUUCUCCUGGAACAAUCUUCUUUUGGCUUAUUCAAAAUCUGGGCAUCUCUCAGAGAUGGAACGUACCUUUGAGAAGCUUCCUGAUCGUGAUGGUGUCACUUGGAACGUUCUCAUUGAAGGGUACUCCUUGAGUGGGCUGGUUGGUUCAGCUGUCAAGGCUUAUAAAACGAUGAUGAAAGAUUUUUCUUCUAGUUUGACUAGGGUUACGUUGAUGACAAUGCUGAAACUUUCUUCUAGCAAUGGACAUGUUAGUUUGGGCAAGCAGAUUCAUGUUCAGGUUAUCAAGCUUGGGUUUGAGUCUUAUCUUUUCGUUGGGAGCCCAUUGUUGGAUCUGUAUGCUAAAGUUGGCUUUAUCUCUGAUGCGAAGAAGGUCUUCUACGGGAUACAGGAUAGAAAUACGGUUAUGUACAAUUCGCUGAUGGGAGGGCUUUUGGCAUGUGGGAUGAUCGAUGAUGCUCUGCACUUGUUUCGAGGAAUGGAGAAAGAUUCAGUUUCUUGGUCAGCGAUGAUCAAAGGUCUUGUUCAGAAUGGACUUGACAAGGAGGCUAUUGAAUGUUUCAGAGAGAUGAAAAUAGAAGGCUUGAAGAUGGAUCAGUAUCCUUUUGGAAGUGUACUACCUGCUUGUGGGGGAUUAGGAGCAAUUAACGAAGGGAAACAGAUUCAUGCUUGUGCGAUCAGGACCAAUCUUCAGGAUCACAUAUAUGUGGGCAGUGCUCUCAUUGACAUGUAUUGCAAGUGUAAGUCUUUACAUUAUGCAAAGACUGUGUUUGAUAGAAUGAAGCAGAAGAAUGUCGUGUCUUGGACAGCGAUGGUUGUGGGUUAUGGCCAGACUGGGCGUGCUGAAGAGGCUGUUAAAAUUUUCCUUGAUAUGCAAAGAUCUGGAGUUGACCCAGAUCAUUAUACUUUGGGACAAGCGGUCAGCGCAUGUGCCAACAUAGCUAGCUUAGAAGAGGGCUCCCAAUUUCAUGGAAAAGCGGUAACGUCUGGCCUAAUACAGUAUGUCACUGUUUCAAAUUCAUUGGUGACUCUGUAUGGAAAAUGUGGAGAUAUCGAUGAUUCUACCAGGCUGUUCAGCGAGAUGAAUGUCAGGGAUGAAGUGUCUUGGAAUGCAAUGGUUUCCGCGCAUGCCCAAUCUGGAAGGGCAAUUGAGGCUAUUCAGUUGUUUGACAAGAUGGUACAACAUGGACUAAAACCUGAUGGAGUGACUUUGACUGGUGUUAUUUCAGCUUGCAGUAGGGCAGGAUUAGUGGAGAAAGGACAGAGAUAUUUUGAGUCAAUGAUUAAUGAAUAUGGAAUAGUGCCGAGUAAUGGCCAUUAUUCUUAUAUUUAA